CGUUUCUGCUCAAAAAUAGUUAUUUCAGUCAAAAGCCUCCUUAGAACUCCUACACCAACCUUCUCUCUCUCUCUCUCUCUCUCUCUUCUGUAAAUCUCAAGCUCAUGUAUUCUCUCAUCACGACAUGGAAAUCCCAACUUCGAAUUCAUCAUCAUCAGAUGCUGCUCUCUCCACCCUCUCCAAUUCAAUCCAGGCUCUCGGCCGAGGCUUCGAUGUUACAUCCGACAUCCGUCUCCUCUACUGCAAAGGAGCUGCUGGCUCUCGUCUGAUUCAUGUCGAUGAAGAGAAUACGAGGGAGAUUUCAAUAGGUGAUGGAUUUGUUCUUCCCAGCGUGCCAGCUGAUAUCGAAUUCGUUAGCGAGAAGAAGUGCUUCCGAGAGAUGAGCCCUGUCUGUAGUUUCCAUGAGAUGGCAGAGUAUUUCAAUAGGAAGUCAGGUAUAUCUGGAACCAUCCCUCUCGGAAGCUUUAACGCCAUGUUCAAUUUCACUGGCUCUUGGCAAGUCGAUGCCUCUGUUACAAAAUCCCUUGCCAUGGACGGAUAUUUUGUCCCUCUAUAUAGGGUUCAACUGUCAAAAUCACAUCUAGUUUUGCAAGAUCACAUCAAGCGUGCGGUUCCACAGGCUUGGGAGCCAUCUUCCUUGGCAAGCUUUAUUGAAAAUUUUGGUACGCAUAUCGUUACAUCAGCAACAAUUGGCGGCCGAGAUGUGGUUUAUAUCAAGCAGCACCAGUCUUCUCCUUUGUCGGCAUCGGACAUUGAGAACUACGUAAAAGACAUCGGGGAUCAAAGGUUUCUUGACUCGGAAAGCCAGCCUCUUUCCGGUGCCCUCAAGUAUAAGGACAAGGUUACAGAUCCAUCACUUUUCAAUAAUCGAGAAAUACACCCACAGGUUACUGGUGUUCCAUAUCUAAGUGGGAAGGAGGAUGUUACAGUCAUAUUUCGGAGGAGGGGUGGUGAUGACCUUGUUCAGAGUCAUGCCUAUUGGGCAAGCACUGUGCAGUUAGCACCUGAUGUCAUCAACAUGACCUUUUCGCCCAUUGUUUCUCUUCUGGAUGGGUUGCCUGGAAUUAAACAUCUAGCUCGUGCAAUCAACCUAUAUCUAGAGUACAAGCCACCUAUAGAGGAGCUACAGUAUUUCUUGGAGUUUCAAAUCCCACGAGUUUGGGCACCAGAGCAAAAUAAUCUUCCAGGACAUCAGAGGAAGGAGCCUGUGUGCCCACACCUUCAAUUCAGCUUGAUGGGUCCCAAGCUCUACAUCAGCUCUGAGCAGGUAUCAGUUGGUCGCAAACCUGUCACCGGGCUCAGGCUCUGCCUAGAAGGGAGCAAGCAGAACCGACUCGCUAUCCAUCUGCAACACCUGGCGUCCCUGCCGAAGAUCCUUCAACCCCAUUGGAACCCACAUGUUGCAAUCGGCCCACCCAAGUGGCAAGGCCCCGAGGAGCAAGACAGCCGGUGGUUCGAACCAAUCAAGUGGAAGAAUUUCUCCCAUGUAAGCACAGCGCCCAUAGAGAACACGGAGACUUGCAUUGGAGACCUCUCUGGCGUUUACAUUGUGACAGGAGCUCAAUUGGGUGUGUGGGAUUUUGGAGCCAAAAGUGUUCUAUACCUUAAACUUUUGUUCUCAAGAGUACCAGGUUGUACCAUGAGGAGAUCCGUAUGGGAUCACAGCCCUUCUACUACCAAUACACAGCGGCCCGAUAAUGCAUCUUCAUCCUCCUCGGCUGAGAGACUCAAUUCGGACGAUAGAAGGGCUGAUAAUUCAAGUCAAUUGGGGAAAUUGGCAAAGAUUGUCGAUUUCUCAGAGAUGUCAAAGGGGCCACAAGAUAUGCCGGGGCACUGGUUGGUGACAGGGGCAAAGCUCGGGGUGGAGAAGGGGAAGAUUGUUCUACGCGUGAAAUACUCUCUAUUGAACUACUGAGUCUACUGAGUUUACGGCAUUAGUUUAUUUUGCUCUCCCUGCCCCUUCUUUGACAGUAUUGUCAAAGCAUUCUUUGCACAGGUAACCAAAGUUCUUUUGUUCUUCUGUAAAUACUUCUCUUGAUGUUUAAUUAUUAAAAAUUUAUUUUGA